ACGUGAAAUUCCAACUGCGAAAAGUUAGGUCGGCUCUAUUAGUUAACAAUGUACGUUACACUCUUGUUCUACGCUUUUUAUAGCAUCAACUGCUAUACGAUACCCGAGGCUAACUUGAACAAUGUAGUUAAUAUAAGUUAUUUCAAAUCUAUGAGUGGAAAGUUUCCUGAAAUAUGGGACUGGAGGGAGAAGGGCGCGGUCUCCCCGGUGAAGGAUCAACACAGUUGCAAUGCCUGCUGGGCGUUUAGUGCUAUUGCCAACAUUGAAAGCCACCUGAUGAUAUACUUGGGGAAAGCUGAGCAGUUGUCAGAGCAAUUCCUCAUAGACUGUGACGGAAGCGGCGUCGGGUGUAAGAGUGCAAGCGUGUUAAACUCUUUCGGGCAAAUAGUCAAAACCCUUGGAGGGGUUCUACGCUAUUCAGAUUAUAAACCAUAUUCGGGCGAUCAACUAUCCUGCUCCUGGAAGGGAUAUCCGAAGCCCAUCCCCGUGACUGGAUAUAGACGCGUACGCUCUGAUGAAGAAGACAUGGCCAGAGCUGUUUAUAAAUAUGGACCUCUCUCUGCUGGAAUCAACUCGGCAUCAAUGAAACAGUAUAAAGGAGGAAUUGAUGAACCCAGAGAAGAUCUCUGCUCUCCUAGAGAGUUGGAUCAUGCAGUCUUAAUAGUAGGCUACAACAUUUACCUUGACAGCAAUACGGGUGAAAAGGUCCCGUACUGGAUUAUCAAGAACUCUUGGGGUGUCAAUUGGGGUGAUAAAGGCUUCUACUAUUUAGUCAGAGGCCGUAACGCCUGCGGAAUUGCCAACGACGUUUCUUUUGCUACUGUUAAUUAAAGUACCGAACUAGAGUAUUUAAAUAUGUAUUUAAUAUAAUAUUAUCUUGAAUUUGAUUUUCAUAUAUUUCAUUGUAGACUUAUACUUCUAUAAAUAGCACUAUGAUAAAGAUAAAUUAUUUAGGAAGCCAAUGCCGUUUACAGAAUCAUGAAAGGUGGGAUGGAUAUUUUUUUAUACGUAUAUCCCCAAAACGUGUCGUAAAUGUAAAUUUUUAAAAAAAAGAACGGCUUCCAAGUAUAAACUUUUUGAAACUGACAUUUAGAUUUUUUCAUGGCUUGACAGGUUAAAAGUAUAUAUUUUUAUUUUUUUUUGUUACGACAUUGGCUUGAAAUUUGGGAGGCCGUGUUCAAAACCCAGCAAGCAGCUCUAACAUUUCUAAGUUAUUUGCGAAAGGAAACACAUCGUGAUGAAACCCGCAUGCCUGAAACUUCUUCAUAAUGUUCUCAAAGAUGUGUGAAGUCCACCAAUCCGCAAUGGACCAGCGUGGUGUACUAUGACCUACACCCUUCUCAGUGUGAAGGAGGCCUGUGCCCUGUGAUGAUUACUUUUUCGGCGUUCCUUCGUUAACUUACUAUUAUUAGCCUUUAAUUAAAUAUCCAUAAAUGUUGUUUUUGGUCAUGACAUGAGCGCUUUAGCUUUCUUUUUUUGCUCACUUAAGGCACGCAUAGCCCCUUGUAUAUUAAUCAAUAUAGCACACUAGUGUCAUAAUGUAUUAUUAGAAUCUAGAUUUGUGGUGAGAACAAAAAUGUAUCUUUUCUUCAUUUUCAAACUUCAAUUCGAACAUACGUAUACGUUUUCGAUUAAAUUUCUACCUUUUGUCGUUCACUCUCGGUUUAAAGAAAAUCCUUAGGAAUUUGAAUAUAAAUGGGAAAAGCUUUCUUUUGCUAGCUAUUCAAUUUACUUUAAUUAAGCCAACAUUUUAAUACUGCGAUGGCCAGUGGCGUGCA